AUUUUUGUUGCGAUUUGCCCUCAAAACGUGUUUUGCCGAAUUAUUUUGUUUGUUAUCGCAUUUCUAAGUAUAAUUCAUGCCAUAACACUUUUAUUAAAUAAAAUUAAUAUCCAUAUUCCCAUAAAAACGCGCUUUUGCAACAUAAAACUCGUGAUCCGAAAACAAAAAUGGUUGUGGUAUCUUCGACAUUCGCUGCGCCCGAUCAAGGUGUUCUUUUACAAACUCCGGGCACAAAAUUAGUUGUAAACGACCAAGAACUGGGCACUGCGACCCUUUACAUCACAGAGAACAAUGUGAUGUGGGGUGGAGGCACCAGCGUUGCCGGUGGACCGUCUCCGAACAUCUCGCUGCUGUAUCCGAGUAUCUCCCUUCAUGCCAUUCAGAGGGACCCAUCUCCGGCUUUAUACAUGGUGUUGAACUAUGAGCUGAGAUUACCGGGCCUCCAACAGCAGGCAGAACAGCAGGACGAUGAUGAGGAGUUUGAUGCUGACGACCAUCCCAUCACACAGCUUAGGUUCAUCCCCCAGAACGAGGCGGACCUCAGCCCGAUGUACUCCGCGAUGAGUCAGGGCCAGGCCCUACACCCGGACCCGGCUGACGACGUUGGCGAUGAAAACUACAUGGACGGUGAAGACUUUGAUGAGGCUUUUGAAGAUGACGAAGAGUUUGAAGACGCUGAGGAGAGUGGCUCUGCUGAGGAGGCGGCCGCCCGACUGCGACAGAUGCGGCUCGAGAACGCCAAUGGCGUCAAUGGACUGCAAUUUGAAGACUGCGACGAUACCGAAGCAAAUGAAGAGUGAAUCUUAUACUACCGCUCCAACUUAAUAUAAAGCCUUUGGUCAAUACACAAAAUUGUUUUUUCAAGCUUUAAUUGUUACACUGUAUGUAUGAAUGUGAAAUACUUAACGCUGAAACCUUCAGUCAAGUUGCAUUCGUCAACAAAAAAAUCGAAAUGUAUGGGAUUUGACAUAACGCGUCGCCAAGUGUCAAAUCUCAUACAUUUAUGAUUUCGUUGUAGAAACUAUACUUAUAGGGCAGUUUUCGUCAGCACACUCUGAUAUUGGCGAUUCACUAAGGAGCCAUUA